ACCCUUGGCCCGGACUAUAUAUAUAGAAUAAUUGUUGCGAGUGCUUCGGGGCUUAGAAGACUGUGUUGCAGGAAAUAAGCGGAAGAAUCGUGUGCAAUUAUUACACUCUGCUGUGCUGUACAUGAUUUCAGGGAUCGUUGUAAAAUUCCAUUUUUUUUUACACGUUUUCCGUUCAACACUGCAGCAGUGUCAUGAUCAAAAUGAAAGCUCGGUGAACUAAAAAGCUCAUUCUACAGCAAUGGCGCUUGCAAAAACCACUGGGAUAAUAAAUCAGAGUUUUAACAACCUGCAUUUUUAAGCCGGGACGACAGAUGCAUCACACUACGCUUUCGCUGAAAUUAAAUCAGUCUACGACUCACAAAGCCUCGAGCGCCAGCUCUCCUGCGAAACUCAGACACCUUCGCCGUCGUGCGUGCGCUCUCCUCUGCGCCAAUCACCAAGCGCGUAUAGCGACAACGUCACACGUCCUCGCAGGGGCGGCGCGCGGCAUAGCUUCCUACCCUUUGAAAAAAAAAUCUUUUUUAUUUUUUUUAAAUGGCGGCUUGAGGGAAAAAAAAAAUAUCACGUAAAAUUACACAUUCACUGCUUCGGAGUAACACUUAUACUCGCAGUAGGACGGAAGACCUCGCUGAGGAAGUGUACGGGUAGCGCAGAAGGGAUGAUGGAGGAGGUGCAGCAGGGCAGCAAUGGCACUGAAUCACAGACUGUCACCAUCCCUACCACCAUCAGCGCCUCCCAGAUCUCCCAGAUAGCACAGCAGAUGUCCCUAGGAGGUUCCCCGGUCACUGUUGUGCAACUCCCGGGGGGACAGUUCCAGGUCCAGGGGGUCAUUCAGUCAGCACAGUCAUCUGUCAUCCAGUCACCCCAGGUGCAGGCUACUCAGGGCCAGUCGGACAGUGACGACUCCCAAGAGUCUUCUGACAGUGCCGCCUCCUCCCAUAAGUCCCGGGAAAUCUUGGCCAGACGUCCCUCUUACAGAAAGAUUCUAAACGACCUGUCAGCGGAGGAGGUGGCGUCUCGAAACGAAGGCGAGGAAGAGAACGCCUCAUCGUCGGCCAUGACCGCAGUAACUGUCCCCACCCCCAUCUACCAGACCAGCACGGGGCAAUACAUUGCCAUCGCACCAAACGGCACCAUCCAGCUGGCUAGCCCAGGAGCAGAGGGUGUACAGGGCCUGCAGACACUCACUAUGACCAACUCUGCUUCGGCGCAGCAGGGUGCAACUAUUCUUCAGUAUGCCCAGACACCUGAUGGGCAGCAAAUCCUGGUGCCCAGUAGCCAGGUGGUGGUGCAGGGUGCAGGAGGAGAGAUGCAGACCUACCAGAUCCGCACUGCACCCACAACCAGCUCACUUCCCCAAACAGUGGUCAUGACUUCCCCAGUCAGCAUUUCCUCCCAGACCACCAAGACAGACGACCCCCAGGUGAAAAGGGAAAUUCGACUGGCUAAGAACAGGGAGGCGGCACGGGAAUGUCGGAGGAAGAAGAAGGAGUAUGUGAAGUGUCUGGAGAACCGUGUGGCAGUACUGGAGAACCAGAAUAAGACGCUGAUUGAGGAGCUGAAGACUUUAAAAGACCUAUACUGCGUGAAAACAGGGUAACACACCCAUGGUGAGCCACCCCAAGGACUGCUGGGGACAAGAAACACACUCAGUCUCCAACCUUAUCCAUUUUGAGCUUUUGUGUUUUAUAUCCUUUGUUUUAAUAACACGUGAGCAGAGCAUCGUGCGUGACCAGGCAAAAAUAAAAAAAAAAUAGAUGAACCCUUGUUUUAAUUUUUUAGUUUUGUUUUAUCCCCCUCCCCAAAAGCUGGAGUUGUUGAACUUUAAAUGUUUCAUUUAAUUUUCCAAUAUAAAUCAGUUUUUUAUGUAGCAGUAGAUAUCUGCUGUUUUAAUAUCCAGAAAGGCAGCAGUAUUGAGUGUAUUAUAAAUGAUUCGUGUUUUUGUUGUAAUUUAUGUAAUUUCUUUCUCCCCCCAUCACCGAUAAUGUUACAAAGUCCCCAUUCCAAACCCUAAUUUUCUGAGAAAUGUAACGGGUUGAUAAUAUUUCUAAACCUGGCUGUUACUGGGACAAUCUUUCAGGGAACAUAAGUUCAUUUCAAUACCUGAGUGACAUUUGUUUGCAUCAGAGCUAAAGAAUGUCACUUGUAGACAAAUAUAAAUAAAUAUUUUUCCAGCAUUUGACUCAUUGCAGUACUUUUAGUAGAAAGGUUUAUUUAUUCGUCUUCUGACUGAGAGCAAUUUUCCAGGAACUAAUAUGGCUCCCAGGAGCUGGAAGAGCAUCAGGUGUGAAUAUGCAAUUUGUGCAAAUGGGACACAGUGAGUAACCAUUAUGAGAAGUUAUGGAUCUGAUGGUUUUGUGCAGGUCUGUUUGGGCUCGAUGAGCAUGUGUUUCAUCUCGCUUCCUGAAUGUUGGUUCAAAAAUGACAUUGAACUAAGGUAUUCGAUACAGCUGACAUGACUGUCAAUUGCAGGGUAAGAAUUUGUGUGCUAUACCUUUGAAACCUUGUUGGUUACAUCGAGGUGCAUUCUGUGGGCUUAAAUGGCAUAGAUUUAGAGAACAUGCUUCAGGCAGCUUUGAGGCAAAUGUUUUUCUUUGUUUUUAUGACACAAAAAGUUGCUUUUGUGAGGUUUUUUUAUGUUUCCUUGUAGUAGGUGGAAAACAUCUGCAAUACCAAGGUUAAGUUCUGUGUUGAUCAGUGUUUAUAUUCUUCAAAGGAAUAGAUUU